CCGCUGCGAAAGCCGGGGACCGAGAGCCGCGAUGUUCCGAAUCGAGGGCCUCGCGCCGAAGCUGGACCCGGAGGAGAUGAAGCACAAGAUGCGCGAGGAUGUCCUCUCCUCCAAACGCAACUUCCUCAUCUACGUGGCCCUGCUGAGAGUCACUCCUUUUAUCUUAAAGAAGUUGGACAGCAUAUGAGGAUGGAGCGUCACAUUCAGCUGCAUGGGAUGAGCCUGGAUGCAGUUUCUACUUCUCUGCAAGUGAAUAGGCCUGGAAAAGUGCAUGAAGCUCUGACUGCAUGAACACGCAAACUCAACUUGUUGAAAACAAGCCUGGCCCUGGUAACUGACCUUCACAGCUAAACUGUAAAACUCUAGGAAUAAUGAAGAGACUGUGGUCCUGGUGU